AUGGACAGCAUCCACACGAGGGAAACCGCUGAGGGCUUGGUUGUCCUCCGCAACCCAGAAAGGGCAGAGACAGAUAUCGUCUUCAUUCACGGCUUAGGUGGCCACCCUUACAAGACUUGGGCGUGCCCUCGGCGAAAGAAUACCCCCAUCGGCGUUCCACGCAACACGAACCAGGCCUCGUCUGAUAUCCGGUCCGAGUUCCCCGAUAGCCGACGUUAUUUUGCUCGUUUAUUUGCCAAGAUCGGAUGUGGGGAUGGGGAUGCGGAUGGGAGUGUUGCUGUCGACACAUGCAGCGAACCGCCGAGGCGCCUUGCAUCCGAGGACGGUCCUCGCGACGCAACCAGCGGCAACGAAGAUGUUUACUGGCCACGCGAUCUUCUGGGGGACGAAGGCCACUGUCGCAACGCGCGAAUUCUCACAUACGGCUAUGAUUCCAAGGUUACGAAAGGGUUCAGCAGCACCAACCAGAACGAUCUAUUCGCGCACGCCAAGGACCUGCUCUACGCGCUGCAACGGGAAAAGCCUGCGAGAAGGCCGGUGAUUUUCGUGGCUCAUUCGCUGGGCGGCCUGCUUGUCAAGGAAGCACUUCGCCGCUCCGAGUCUUCGGAAGAGGCCGAGUUCAAGGACAUUGUGAAGUCUACCAAAGGGGUCAUUUUCCUCGGCACACCGCAUAGGGGCAGUCCAGGAAUGGCCGAUCUUGGCCAGACAGUUCGAACCAUUGCCAGCACCAUCCUGAGGGUGGACUCAAACGCCGCUCUUCUCCGAGCCCUCGGGACAGACAGUCCAGAGCUGGAACUUGGGAGGGAGUCCUUCACGACGCUGUGGCGAAAAUAUAACUUCCGCGUGAAGACUUUCCAGGAGGCGUGGGGCAUAUCCGGCGUGAACGCUGGGCCCCUGAAUAAAAAGGUUGUUCUGGAUACAUCAUCCACCCUGGACGAUCCCAGAGAACAUGCCGAAACAAUAUCGGCAAACCACAUGAACAUGUGCAAAUUCGAAACAAGACGUGAUGCUGGCUAUCGGAAGAUUGCGUUUGAGAUCGGAUCCAUGAUAGCGUCGGGUAGGAUUGUGAUGAUGGGCAAGAUGAAUAACAGAUUCGGCAACAUCCAAAGAGCUCUGGAUGAGACUUGCGGCUGGCUGUAUUCUACCAAUCAAUACAAUGACUGGAUCAACAACGCGAAUGUUACCAAGGACCACGGCCUCCUUUGGAUUAAAGGGAAGCCUGGCUCUGGGAAAUCGACUCUCAUGAAGGACGCUGUGCGUCGAGCCAGGCGCCUGUAUGACGGCACUCAGACCACCAUUGCCGCUUUCUUCUUCAACGCACGGGGAACAGGACAGCUCGAGAAGACUCCUUUCGGUCUCUAUCGGUCUCUGCUCUACCAGGUCCUUUGCCAGGACUCGUUGGCGCUCGAUCAUUUAUGCCCAAUAUUUAUGCAGAAGGCCAUGUUCUGUCCAACUGUGACAUGGCAUCAAGAAGAACUGCAGGAUCUGCUGUUACACGUCUUCACAACCUGCGAGUCGAGGCCGGCCAUUCUCUUCAUUGACGCCAUGGACGAAUGUAACGACGACGAGGUCAGAGACCUGGUUCGUUUCUUCAAAAGUAUCAGCAAUAAGGCUUGCCAUACUGGCGCCAGCCUCAAGAUUUGCUUCUCCAGCCGGCAUUAUCCUCACAUAUCCAUCAAUGGAUGCCCCGAGGUCGUCGUCGAGAAACAUAACCGAGCCGACAUCUUACGCUACAUCGUUGCCGAGGCCGAGGACAACCACUCCAUCGCGGACCUCAAGGACGAAAUUUUCGAAAGGUCCUCUGGCGUUUUCCUUUGGGUAGUCCUCGCUAUCGCUAUGCUAGGGCAGUAUGGCCGGGGCAAGUCAUUGAAAUUGCUGCAGCAGAAGUUGCGGGAAAUACCCCCGGAACUUAGCACCCUCUUCCGAUCCCUCUUUACGAACCAAGAUGCCACCGAAACCGAGCGUGCGGUUCGCCUCAUGCAGCUAGUCCUGUUCAGCAUGCAGCCUCUGACCCAAAACCAAAUCCAUCAGGCCCUGGCAUUCGGGGGGACUUGCUAUCACUCCCUUGCAGCAUGGAAGGAGUCGGUGGAAUAUCUCGAGACGCGUGUAAAGAUGCACGAGAUGAUCCUUGACCUCUCCAGGGGCCUUUUGGAACAGGCUCCGAGCAGCGCAAGCCGCGAUCCAACUUACCAGUUCAUCCAUGAGACCGUACGCGAAUUCUUUCUCCAUGGCAACGGCUUCAGCUUGCUCCAUUUCAGUUCGAGGUCCAUUGUCGGGAGUGGCCAUUCCAUGAUGACCACCUGCUUCGUAAAUUACCUCGAGAUACGUGAGCUUCGAUCGGCCACGCCAACCAAAUCCAAGCUUAUAGGGCACGACCCUGACCUUGCACUGCUUGCUUACAUAUCCGCGCACAUCUUUGACCACAUCGAGGGAGCGGAGGAGCAGGGGAUAUCACAGGAGGGCGUUUUGCGUCGUCUUAGCGAUGACACAUGCGAACUACUACGACGGCUAGAGGCAUCGCCGUUGGUAACACGUUACAAACCCGGAUCGACUAUCCUCGUGGCAGCUGUCGACUUUGGGGUCGUCAAAACAGCGGACCGGAUCUUGAGGAUGGGAUUUUCGGUCAACGAGCCAACCGUAACACCGCUCGGGUACGCCCUACAUACCGCCCUAAGCGCCGACGUCUCCUUGAAGAACCAGUUCGGGCAAACACCGCUACACAUCGCCGCUACCAGGAGCGCCGAUCUCGUGUUGGCCGUGCUAGAUAAGAAGCCGAACGUCAACGCACAGGAUAUUGACAGGGAGACGCCGCUCCAUCGAGCGGUUCAUAGCGGCUACUAUUAUCGUCAGAUUGUUGAGAUUCUGCUUUCACACGGCGCUCGGGUGGACAUUCCGGAUCGUCGAGGCGAGACCCCCUUAGAUGUAGCCUCCCGGAGCGGCGUCCUUUUCCGAGAUUCGGUCGCGAAGCUGAUAGAGGAGCAUGUAAGAAAGUCGGGAUGUGGUAAUUAA